AUGAGCCUCUCGAAUCCUGAUCUUGAUAAGAAAAUUCUAGAAAUUAAGAAAAAAAUAUGUAAACCAAACUGUAAGAAAUGUAAGAGAGCAUUGCAUGAAAGCAUUGAAAUUAAAUCCAAAAUAUUUAAUUUAAGUAAUAAGAGACAAUUAGACUCUGAAAAUGAACCAUACAAAUACUACGAUGUAAUAGAAUACACAUCCGAUUCAUUACCAAAUAAAUAUCGCAAAAUAACGUCAGAUAAUGGGACUAUAACUAAAAUUUCAAUUGAUAUAUUUAAACAAAGAUUACCAAAAGAACAAGAACCUUAUAAACCACCUAAAAAGAAGAAAUCUGAUCGCUCCUAUUCCAAAAAAACCGAUGAAACAAAAAAAUGUUAUAAAAGAACUUCAGAUGAUAGUAAAACUACAGAUGAACAUCCAGAUGAAGAGCUAACACUUGAUAAAAAAUAUCAAGAUUUUGUAAAGAAGAUAGAUCUUGCGACCAUAAAACACAUUAUCACCUCUGAUUCAGAAGAACGUAAAACCGAUGACCCGUUAAAGACCGUUGAACUACACUUCUCUAUACCGACAACACAAGAAACUGUUAAACCACCAGAAAAGACCAUAACGCACCAACCGCCUGGAUCAGUUGAUAUUCUUGCUCCUAAGAUUCCUGAACCUGUUCAAAAUGAAAUUGAAAAACCACAGGAAAAAGUAUCUGAAACAGAUCUGACUAUCGAACAAACAGAUAAACCAACAGGUUUAUUUGGAAUUGAAUCUAAGCAGUCAGUGGAUGACAGAAGCCCAUUUGAUAUCCUACACAAAAUAAACGUACCAAUACCUAAGGGGAAUCCACUUUUUGCCCCUACGCAACAGGAAUCAAAUAUAUUUACACCCAAAACUGAUGUAACAAAUUUUGUAUUUGGUCAGUCACAGGCUUCAAUUAGAAAACCUGAUGAACAACCAAAUAUAUUUACAAAUCAACAACAACAAAUCCAACAAAACCAACUUAUGAAUCAACAGUUAGUCAUUCCAGAAGCCGAAGAGGUAGGGGAAGAGGGAGAGGAAGAUAACAGUUUAUUUAAACAUAAUGUUUUUUAUCAUAGUUUUAUAAAUUUAUCAAUUUUUUGUACAUUUCAUUCAACGAUAUUAUACACAUCAGGCUUUUAA